AUGUUGGCCAGGUUAAGGGAAGUUCCUGAGGAAGACACUCUAGAGACAUUGAGGGUUAGCUAUGAUAACCUAGACAAGAAUCAACAACAAAUUUUUCUCGAUAUAGCGUGCUUCUUGUUCAAUGAGAACAAGACGGAUGCAAUCUACAUGUGGGCCAAUUGUCAAUUUUAUCCCAUGAGAGGACUAAAGGUCCUCACUGAUAGGUGCUUGAUAAAGAUAAUGGACAAUGAUAAAAUCUGGAUGCAUGAUCAACUCAUAGACCUGGGAAGGCGUAUUGUCCGUCAAGAAAGUCCAUUCAAUCCAGGAAAGCGCAGUAGAUUGUGGACUGCAAAAGAGGCCCUUGAAAUCAUAAAAACCAAAAUGGAGUUUAAGGCAAACAAUAUGUAUUUGGAUCGUCUUGUUGUUUGUAAACUUGAUGCUAUUGACUUCAAGGAUGAUUCAAAAGCAUGCGACUUGAUCAAGAGGGCACAAAAUUUGAAAGUUCUAUCAGUUACUCGGUGUUCUAGCAUAACGACAAUCCCAGACGUCUCGAAAUGCUCACGUUUAGAGAGGUUGACUCUUGCAAAUUGCUUUAGUCUAGAGAGAAUUGAGAGCUUCAUUGGAGAUCUAGCUUCAUUGAUUAAGUUAAAGAUCAAAGAGUGCAAGGGCCUUAUGGAUUUGCCUGAAGAAGUGGGGGCAUUGGUGAAGCUUAAGCACUUCUCGUUGUCGAUGUAG